UAUGUCAAUUGUCUGAUAUUUGAAAUCAAAUCACGUACCUACCUAGGUACCUAGCAAUUACAUAAAAUUAAAGAGACUGUUGUUGUUGUUAGUGCGAUGAAGUAAUUGAAAUAUCCUCUUCAAAUGGGCGAUGGGGAUCUAAUAUGCAUACAGUGCAGUGUACAAAAUCCUUUUGAAGGCUAAUCAGUCGCGUAUCCUACAUUUUGCCAAAAUCUAAUAAGCCGUAAUGGGGUGCUUUCAAAGCAAAAAAGAAAUAUCAGACUUGCAUCCUAAUAUAUUUCGCGUCGUCAAUAUUGAUGAAAAUGGUGUAGAUUUGUGUUCUGGUCAAUUGGAAAUCACAGAAUCAAAUAUAAUACUCUAUAGAGAAGGAAGAGACUCUACAGUAUGGCCCCUUCAUUCCUUAAGAAGAUAUGGUUUUGAAGGAGAUUUAUUCAGCUUUGAAUCAGGAAGAAGAUGUGAAACUGGUGAAGGAAUCUAUGCCUUUAGAUGCCGUAGAGCAUCCUUUCUCUUCCGUACAUUGCAACAACAAAUUCAGUUAAGAAAUGUUGUUAAUGAUUCAGUUCCUUAUCCAGUUUCAAGGAUUACUCCAUCACCCCAAAAUCGGCAGACUCUUCAAGCCACUGUUGUUCAUCGAUCUUCAGUGGAUAAUGGCCAAGCUGAUCCUAUGUUAAACAAUAAUAUGUCAAACACAGCUAUGCCUCCCCUGCCCCGCAAUCCAGCACCAAGAUCACCAUCAAGUGCAGAUAUUCUUGAAGUAAUGCCUCUAUAUCCUCGUUCUCAAACAAACACUCAAGCAACAAAUGUCUAUCAAGUCAGAGAUUUCAAAAGAGAGCAUAACAAUAACCAAGCUGAAAGUGGAAUGGAACGACAUGUAUACACAAAUGAUUUAAAUAGAGAUUUGGCAAUGUUAAGGAAGACUUUAAGACGUGAAAUGGCUUUAAUUGCUAUAAGGGAUAUUGAAGAUGAAACACGAUUUCUUGAGGGACGAUACAUGGAGAAUGACACAGAUACUACAAAAAAGACUUCAAACCAGGCUUCUCCUAAUAAACCAAACAAUACCAUAAAGCCUGACAAUGAUGCAUUAUCACCAGCAACUAGCCAUACUAGUGAACAGUAUGCACAAUUAAAUGUGGAACAUCGAGGAGCAGCCAGAUUAUAUGUGAAUGUUGCCCCAAAUGAUAACCUUCCUUUAGAAAAUAAAAACGACCAGCCACCUAUAACACCUGUUACACCAGUCACACCUAGACCAGUGGAGUAUUGUAAUUUAACUAUUGGCUCUAAUCCAGAAGUCAAUACAUAUGCAAAUCUUAUGAUUGGUGAAAUUUCUGAUAGCAUGAAAAAUGUGAAGCAUGACCAUCACCACAAAUUUUCAGAAUCCGAUACAUUUACAUCUAUGUCACCUGUUGAAGAGCUGGAAGUGAACUAUGCAGUAUUGGAUAUAGAUACUAAUAAAGAAACACUAAAAACUGAUGUUGCAGCAGCUAGCCCUGAGAGUCAGUCAUAUAAUAGUUCGAAAAAUGAAAGUACUGCUUCUUAUUCAUCACAUGCCCGAAGCCGAAUGGUUUCACAAAAUAGUAUUGACAAAAGUUCAAGUACUAAUGCUGUCCCCUCAUUGCCAAUGGCAAGCAUUGGUUAUACAACCAUUGACUUUGAUAAAACUGUAGCGUUGACAUCAGUAGCCGCAGCAGCUGAUGCUAAUUUGGAUGCUUGUCGUAAAAGUAGACACAAUUCGUGCAUAAUGGUUUCUAAUUCUUCAGAUAAAAAGUAAGGUAAAUAAUUAUUAAAUGUUUCAGUGUUACAUUGAAUAGUAGAAUAAGUUUUAGAAAAUUCUCACUUUACCUUGUCUAAAUGGAAUUUAUUAUAUCAAAGGUGUAAUAGUGACUAGUGUUGCUGUGGAUAUUUUUAUUGAUUAUUUUUUGUGACUGCUGUUAAAAUACUUUAUACCAAAUAAACAUGUAUGGUAGGUAUUAAAUACCAAGAAAGGCCAAAGCAAGCAAAUAACAGCCAAAGAUAUGUAUGUUGCCAAAGUUGUGCAUGUCAUCUAACAGUUAAUGCGGGCAUUUACUGAAAUUUUAUUGACUAGAACCUACUUUGCAUGAAAAAUUUACUAUGUAAUAUUUUCUAUAACAGCAACCUAAUUAAUGAUUACUUUGACCUAAUCUUAAUAUAUUUUUUACCAAAUAUAUAUAUAGAAAUUUCCAAUUUAUCAUCAAAUUUGUAAAUUUUUUUGAAUGGACAAUAUGUAUAUUCACUAAUUUUGGCCAAUAAAUUAGUUGUUAAAUAAUUAUCAAAGACAUUGCUAUGGUAUGUGUUUCUUGUAAGUAAUGUAUAUAAGAAAUAUUUUUGUAAUUAAUUCCAAGGCCAUAAUGAGACAAGUAACAUAUUAUUAAGAUAAAAAUACCUAUUGUUUGUUUAUUAAUUAAUGUACUGUAUGUAUGUUAAGUUCCUGGAUUAUGUGAUGAUUGCAAAAAAGCAAUGCUGUAUAAUGACCCCCUUUAAAAUUACUAAAUUUGUAUUUUUAAUAUUUCUAGUUUUUUCAGUGAGCUUCGGUCUCAAGUAAUAAAUCAUAUUACUUGUUUAUAAGUUAAGAACAUAAAUAUGCCAAAUUCAAUAUAAAUUAUGUUUACUUAUAUUGUUAUAAUGUGUACAAAUAAUUAUUUUCACUAUUUAUUAUGUCACUCAAAUUCGCACGAACACACAAAUUCACAAGUGGGACAAUAUUUAGAAAUGUUUUAUCUAUACAUUUAAAAAAAAUUACUAUACCUACGCAAAUAUUUGCACGCAAUUGAACAAACCCGAAAUAAAUUUGUCCUAGAAAUAAAUUUGAAUGUUUAGGAAAUUGAGGCUUAAUUGAAUGAAAGUAGUUAAAUUAUUUAAGGUAUUAUUUAAUGCUCGUUGAUAGAAUAAUUAUUGAAAUAUUAAUGGCCUGUUUUAUGUAAGUAAUGAAAAUAUUAUUAGCAAAUUUGUGAAUGUUGUCAUGUAAAUAGUCUAAGCCAAUUGAUAUUAUUAUCAUGUAGUAAAUAAAUGCUUUUAAAUGUGUACCAAAGAUUACCAAUUUUUAAGUUAUUAUAAAUGUAAUGCUUCAUAUAAGUUAAAUAUUUUUAAGUAUGCACAAAAGUACACUAUGUAUUUGGACAGCUAUUAUGGUUUUGAUGUAUUUUUUGUAUAAAUGCAUUGUAUUUAUUGUUUUAUACAUGCAUGUAGUUAUAGUAAUUUUUUUAGUAUUUUUAAUAAUGUAAGAUUUUUUAUGUCAUUAAUUAAUUUGUUCAUUCACAUAUUAAACUGCUGUAUGAAUGAGAUAUAAUAUCAUGAUGAAAAUGUCAUCAAUCAAUUAUUAUUGGCUUUAUAUUCUUAUUGGUAUAAAUGUUGCCACUUAAACUAAGUUUGUAUGUGGAUGUUAUAGCUACAUAAUAGGUAGCUACGUAGAGCUGUUUAUAUAAGUUUUAAAGAAACUUGAGUGACUGAUUUAGUGAUAAGUGUCAAUAUUUUCAAAAAUAUAAUAUGUAUUUUAUAUAUACCUACUAUGUAUAGUGAGUCUUUCAUAAAAAUGUUGGUAAUUAAAAUUGCCCAUUUUAAACAGAAUAAAUGUUUGUUGACUUCCCUCGAAGGCAUUGUACCUGAGAAAUAAAUAUGUUAAAAAUGAACCAGAUUAUGUGUAAAUAAACA